AGGGGGAGAGGAGCAAGAUGGUGGAGGGCUUUGAAAGUGAGGACCAGGACCUUGAAGGACGCAAACAGUCGCAUGUGCACGCCACGUUUUCACGCGGCUAUAACAUGGGUCAUCUUUGCCAAAGAAAACCACCAACAGCAUGACAUCCCCAUCUCUGAUAUUACCUCCUGCCUGCAUGAAUAUUGUUCAAGCGUCACAUGAGCCAGCUACCGACUGCACGUGCGGGGAGCACGUCACUGCCAACGAGAGAGGAGGCGCUGGAUAGUGCGCAUGAUCGAGAGUGGGGAGAGAGAGGGAGAAAGAGAGCACUCGCACUGGAUAGCUCUCUCUCUCUCUCUCUGCGCGUCUCCUGCGCACUAGCGCGCCUCUGGCACGUGCGCCGGGUAAAGGAGCAUCUUUCACAGCCGGCGGGGGGGCACGAGCAGAGAGAAUGGCACACUCUCCACGGCAUCCUCCCCACAGCUGCAACUAAAGCCGAGCCUCGAGAGAUGAGCAUUCCGGAGUUCCUACUGGAAGUGUCCAUCGUGGUGAUCGCCGUCGUCUCGCUGUUGACAAAUGUGUCAGUGCUGCUAUGCUUCACCCAGAGCGCCGAGUUGCGGUCCCACGUGCCCGGAAUCUUCAUCCUAAACCUCUCCUUCUCCAACAUCCUCCUCGCGAUCAUAAACAUGCCCUCCACUUUUCUCGGCGUGGCCAAGAGCGCGGAGCCCUUCGGGCACGAGUUCUGUCAGGCGGUCAGUUUGGCCGAGACUUUCCUCACCACCAAUGCCAUGAUGAGCAUGGCCGCGCUGAGCAUGGACAGGUGGAUCGCGGUGGUGUUCCCCCUGAGUUACUGCAGCAAAAUGCGCUACAGGGACGCUCUUCUGAUCGUCGCGUACUCGUGGCUGCACUCCCUCACGUUUUCUCUCACCCAGCUGCUGAUGGACUGGGGUGGAUACAGCCACACUUACGCCUCGUGUACCGUUCACCUGGACGGGCGGGAGAGGUCCCGGCUGCCCGCCUAUGCGACCUUCACCGUGCUGUUCCACCUCAGCAGCUUUGCGCUCUGCCUCUUCGUCCUGUGCUUCGCCUACCUGAAAGUUCUGAGAGUGGCCAGGUCCCACUGCAAGAGGAUCGAUGUGAUCACAGUGCAGACUCUGCUGCUGCUGGUUGACAUUCACCCCAGUGUGAAGGAGAGAUGUCUUGCAGAACAGAAGAAGAGGAGGCAGCGCGGCACAAAAAAAAUCUGCAUCUUCAUUGGCUCCUUCAUCCUCUGCUUUUCCCCCUAUGUUAUGACAAGGUUGGUGGACUUGUUGCCCUCUGUGCACGUCCCGCGGUAUGUGGGCAUUGCCACCAAAUGCCUUUCCUACGCCAAGGCCUCCACUGACCCGUUUGUCUACUGUCUGCUGCGACAGCAGUACAGGAAGGUCCUGGUCAGUAUUAUCUACCGAGUUCUGAGAAAGAAUCAUUACUCGCUAUCUGCCCACAGCAUGAGCAGCACUCUGGACACUGCAGAUGACAACUGUAUCGCCAGGAUUACUUGAGCUCCAUGUGCUAUAGUUAAGUGAUUCGACGCCUGCAUCCCUUCUGCGGGAAGGUUCAGAGGUCAGGGACUGUGGAAAGCAACUGCCAUGCAGAUGGAAAGGAGUCAGGGCCUUGCUCAAGGACACUCUAACAGAUGGCGGGUUUGAAGGACUGUUCAAGCCGCAGAGUUGUCCACUGAGAGAACUGUAUAGCCAAUGGGACCUCGCCGGCCUCUGGCGUGUGCCAAAGGCCCUUCGCAGCCUCUACAGACUGUUGUUUCCACAGGGCUCAUCAGAUUGCCUGUGGAGGCAUUGCCACGGAUAGACCACCUGAAAACUGCAACAAUAUGUUGAUUAUUACCAUUAAUGUAAAUGUAUGUUUUUAUCUCGAAUUUGUCAGGAAGUGGUCUUCAUGUUUCAGUGAAAAACUGAGAAAUGUUCAUUCUGAUGACUGUUUUGAUGUGAAUUUUGAAGUUAAUGAGUGCCAUUUUAACACAUACAAAAAGAAAUAGGUGUGAGGAUGUGAACAUGUUAUAUCAUAGCAAAAACACAGGUUAGAUAAUAAACGACACUGCCACAAACACUGCUAUAUGAGUGAUUAGUAGACAUUAUUAGAUGUCAGGGAAUAUAUAGUGAUACUGUUCGAUGUUUAUCCAAUUGAUCACAUAUGACCUUAGUGUGAACAUGAGCUGUGAGCAGUCCAGACUAAUUUGUCUUAUUUGUAGUAUAUUUUAGAGGCUGCCACAGAUCAAAUUUUUUAAAAAGCAAUAGGUAUAUUGUUUAUUAUUACUUAACAGUGAACACUUUUCAACCUCCCCUCCAUGCUACUCCAAGUGGUAUUACUGUCAGCCUGUGUCACAACAUAUUUACCUCUCUCAGGCUAGCUGCACAAAGUGAAAAUGGAAAAUGGAUUGAAAAUGGAUGUAUAAGUAUAAUAUUGUACUAAAUAAGAUAAAAUUAAAUAAACUAAAAUAAGAUCAAAUAAAAUAAGGACCCACACUGGAUUUAACCAUGAAGACCAGACCUGCAAAAUGUCUAGCU